AUGGACCCAAUUCGACCAGAAUUCGAACUUUUGGACUCAGCAGGACUUGAGUACUAUCGUUGGGUACUUGAUGUGGAAACCAUCUUCAUGGAAAAUGAAUACACCUCCACUAUUAAGCCAUCCGCCGCCGCUGCUCCAACAACUGAGAAAGAAAAAGCUCAUGCUCUUAUGUUUCUCAAGAGGCACAUCGAUCCUAAGCUGCGUUGGGGUUAUCAUCACUUGAAAACACCAAAAGAGCUAUGGGAUGCUCUAGAUAGCCGCACUAUGGACUUUUGUGGAAAGAAACUUACAGACGAGGAAAUGAUUCAGAAAACUCUAUCGACCUUUCCCACAUCGUCCAUGAUACUAGCGAACCAAUAUCAUUUAGAGGUUGACAACAAAACAAUCACCACAUUCAGUGGGUUGAUAAACUUAAUGCAAGUAGCGAAAAAGCACAAUGAGAUUCUUGUCAAUAACAAUACCAGAGUUGUGAGGAAAAAGAAAGUUCUCGAAUCUAACCAUGGAAAGGUCAAUAGAGGAAAGAACCCCAAAAGAAAGAGGGCUCGACAUUCUGAUUCACAUUACGAUGAUCCAUACCCACGUGAAGUAAACACCUCUCGUGGAAGAGGACGUAAGGGGCAUAAUCGAGCUCCAGGACGUAAAGGUCACUCUAUGUUUGGCACAUAG